CUUUGUAAAAUCAGUUUGACGCCCUGUAAGUGCACAUUUUGAUGACUCACUGGCACCAGAAUUCACAAAAAUGUUUACAAAACAAUAUUGACUUCACCUUCGCUCAAAAUAUGAACGAAUAGGAACGCUCGAUCAUUGAACUUGUUCAACUACAAAACUGAUCUGCAAGGAGGCCCUCACUCUCCAUUUGGAUGAAAUCAAGGGAACAUCAUAAUUCCGCUCGGCGUAUACUGUAUGUGUGUCUAUAUGAGAUGCAAUAAUUGAAGGCCCUCCUGCCGAUUUCACACAAUCAACAUGGCCACACUGGAAGUGAUGAAAGUGAAUCAAGAUUGAAGCCGACCCUGAGUCUUACCAGAAGAGCGGUGUGACCCUUUGGAAGGCUCAAAAGCUCAACCAGACACGUUUUGGCCAGGUUUCAGUAGAAAUUCAGACAACCGGAUUGAAGAACGACGAGGAUGACAACGACUUGAAGGACAACAGGAUUCUCAGUGAAAACCAAGUGGCGAGCUACCCACGAGUUGGAUUUCUUCUAUUUCCCCACCUGAACAACAAGGGUUAUGGUCCCUGCUAGGCUGGAUGAGAUGAGAUCCCUAUGUAGCGGACGCCAUGGCAACUUGUGACUCCCCCCCUAUGGUCUCUUCACGGCAGCAGGAACAUGGUGGCCAGAGGCACAUUGCCGCUGAGGACAACUCCGUUGUGGCCAUGGAGACCGGUGUCGCCAACAGCAACAAUGCCAAUAACAACCAAACAGCACCUGUAGCCAGAGAGAUGGAGAAUGGCCUUGGAGAGGCCACUGUUAGCCCACUGCGGUCGACAGCUACCCUCACCUCUGUCAGUGCAACCAUCGACUCUGUUACAGAGCAGAGUCGGAGAGAAAGCUUUACAACCGGUAACAAAGGGAGUGUUACUGGGACUUUACCAGGAGUUGGAGGUGGAGCAGCUUUGGGUUCAGACUGUUCUGCCCCUGCCACGUCACCUGUGGCACCGGCAAAGGAGAUCCCUUGCAACGAAUGUUCCGGCUCCUUCUCCAGUUUACAAAAAUAUAUGGAGCACCACUGCCCCAACGCCCGACUGCCUACCACCGGAUGUCAUGAAGACAUUGAUGAUAUCGACGGUAUGGUAGGAGAGGAGAGCGAAGAUGAUGGGGAGUGUGUGGGAGGUGCGGCUGACGGAGGGGAAAUAAAUCGCGAGAUGGAAGAGGAGAGCGAUGUAGAGAACUUGUGCGGCGAGAUCAUCUACCAGCCGGAUGGCUCUGCCUUCAUCAUGGAGGACUCCAAAGAGCAGCGUGGCAACAAGGAAGGGCUCCCUGGGGCUCUCCAUUUCAGGGGACUGCUAUCCUCCCAGACCUUCCCCAACGCCCAGUCGACCACUGGCCAAAGUGGUGGGGGCCAAGGGGGGGAACGGUUGGAGCAGCCUGCUGCACCCAUGUCCUUCUAUCCCCAGAUCAUUAACUCCUUCCACAUCGCAUCAUCUUUGGGAAGUAAAUCGUCAGCGGCCGACCCCCUCUCUAUAUCCAAUACCUCAAAUGGAGGGCGGGCUGGAGCUAGUCCUGUGUUGCACAGUUUUCGUGUUUAUGACCUCCGCCACAAGAAUGACAAAGACUAUCUGACGGGGGACGGUACAGCCAAAAACUCCUGUGUGUCCAAAGAUGUCCCCAACAAUGUGGACUUAUCCAAAUUUGAGGGCUGCGUGGCCGAUGGGCGGCGAAAGCCAGUGCUCAUGUGUUUCUUGUGCAAGCUCUCAUUUGGCUAUAGCCGGUCCUUCGUGACACAUGCUGUCCAUGACCACCGUAUGACCCUGAAUGAGCAGGAGCAAAAGCUGCUGAGCAACAAGCGUGUUUCUGCUAUCAUACAGGGCAUCGGCAAGGACAAAGAACCUCUUAUAAGCUUUCUGGAACCAAAAAAAACCCCUGUAUCUGUGCUAUCCCACUUUCCUACACCUGCCAACUUCCUAGGGCCGGACACUGGGCUCCGCGGCUUGUGGAACGCUUUCCACAGUAGUGGGGAGAAUGUCGAGUCCCUUCAGGCAGGUUUUGCUUUUUUGAAGGGCAGUGCCAGCAGCUCCUCCAAUGACCAAAAUCCUAGAUCCCAAACCAUGCCAAAGGCCGAGACCAACCCAAACCUCGGAGGUCCCCAUAGAACCUCCAGUGGAAGCUCCGCUGCUGCUCCCACUGGUGGCAACCAAGAUAGUCGGAACUCUGACCUUGAUAGUAAGGGCCACAUGGGGGACACGUGCACUUUGCAACCCAAUGGGCCGGACCUGAGCCACUACCCCCCUAUAAAGCGGGAGCCCGGUGUCGUGGGAGAACAAAGUCCGGAGACGUUUGAGGACAGUUACUCCAAUGGUGGCGGAGAGGAAAUUGAGGCAGAGGAUGAAGAGGAGCAGGCAAUGAACGUAGUUAUGAAAGGCCAGCGGGCCAACAGCACCAGUAGCAAAGAUUUCCCUCUCUUAAACCAAAGUAUUUCCCCUCUUUCCAACAGUGUGCUAAUGUUUAACAGUGACAGCAAAGUUCCUGCAUCCACCGCCUCUUCCUCCCUGCCUAUGUGUGAAAAGCUGGAAAUGGAAAAGAACCGCUUGUCCAUCGCACUGGCUGCUGCCAGAGAGCGCGAGAGCAGUAAUGACUCGAACUUUGAAGCUCUGAUGGGACGGGAUGGGUCGUCACCAUCCUCCCAUCCCCUUGAAUUUUUAUCGAUGCGGAGGGAGGACGACAGUCCUGGAACUCCUCAUCCAAAUACUGGAAAUCCCAGUACCCCUGGUACUCCAGGAACACCUGGUACCCCAGGUCCAGGUGAAGGUUCGCCAGGAAGUGGUGUGGAGUGCCCGAAGUGCGACACAGUCUUGGGAUCUUCUCGUUCUCUUGGGGGACACAUGACUAUGAUGCAUUCGCGGAACUCCUGCAAGACGCUGAAGUGUCCUAAGUGUAACUGGCACUACAAGUACCAGCAGACACUGGACGCUCAUAUGAAGGAGAAACAUCCAGAGUCUGGAGGAUCGUGUGUUUACUGCCGUACAGGACAGCCUCACCCUCGUUUAGCCAGAGGGGAAAGCUAUACCUGUGGAUACAAGCCGUUCCGCUGUGAGGUAUGCAACUAUUCAACUACCACCAAAGGCAACCUUAGCAUCCAUAUGCAGUCAGACAAGCAUCUGAACAAUGUCCAAACACUCCAGAACGGUGGAAGUGAGGCACAGUACAACCACAACCACAGCCAUACCAACCCAGUAGCUAGUACAGGCCUUGGUGGUGGCUGUGGGGCACCCUCGCCAUCAAAGCCCAAACAGAAGCCGACGUGGCGAUGUGAGGUGUGCGACUAUGAGACCAAUGUGGCCCGAAACCUGCGAAUUCAUAUGACUAGCGAGAAACACAUGCACAACAUGAUGCUGCUGCAGCAGAACAUGAAGCAAAUCCAGCACAGUCUUCAUCUAGGGCUGGCACCUGCUGAGGCGGAGCUUUACCAGUAUUAUCUGGCUCAAAAUAUUGGCUUGGCAGGUGUCAAACUGGAGAACCCCAUCAGCGGCGGCCCAGACACCCAGAUGAUGAUCAACCCCUUUCAGCUCGAUGCUGCAACAGCAAGUGCUCUUGGAUCCGGUCUCGUCAACAGUGACCUAUCAUCGGAAUUGCGUCUCGCCGGCGGUCAGCUGAUGGCCGACGACCUCUCGCUGGUGUCCUCAGGUGGAAUGGGGGGCAUGUCCUCAGUGGACCCUUCCCUCUCCUCCCUGUCGCCGCCUAUUAGUGACCCCUCGCUGCGCCUCUACCAGUGUGCCGUGUGCAACUGCUACUCUACAGACAGCCUGGAGGCUCUUAAUGCCCACGUUAACACGGAGCGCUCGCUGCCCGAGGAGGAGUGGCGCUGCGUGGUCGGCGACGUCUACCAGUGCAAGCUGUGCAGCUACAACACGCAGCUCAAGGCCAACUUUCAGCUGCACUGCAAGACGGACAAGCACAUGCAGAAGCACCAGCUGGUGGCCCACAUCAAGGAGGGAGGCAAGGCCAACCAGUGGAGAUUAAAGUGUGUGGCCAUUGGCAACCCCGUGCACCUCAAGUGCAAUGCUUGUGACUACUACAGCAACAGCGUGGAUAAAUUGAGGCUACACACCACCAACCAGAGGCAUGAGGCUGCCAUACGACUUUACAAGCACUUACACAAGCUGGACAGCGCCUACAGCCCUGAGUCUUACGUCUAUCAUUGUACGCUGUGCGACUACUCCACCAAGGCUCGACUCAACCUGGUACAGCAUGCCCGCUCUGCCCGGCAUUUGCAGAACGAAGGCCUGAGGAAGCUGCAACUGCACCAGCAAGGCCUGAGAGGGGACGAGGACGGAUUCAGCCUCCACGAGCUGUUCCACGUGAAGGAGUGUCCUUCCAGCCAAGAGGAGACCACGGAGGAUGGCGAGAGACCUCCUGCCUCUUCUUCCAGGCCCGCAUCCAAUCUCAGUGACCGAGACUUGACUGACAGUAGAAGAGCUGACCGAGCGAACGCAACGUCUAAAGAAUCGGCUGGACAGAACACAGCGGUGAAACAUUCACUCCAGCCCGAUCAACAAAUAGAAAGCCCUCCUAAAAGGCCCAAAUCUGCUGAGGUGAAGAACUCCGUCGCUGAUCAGGUUCAGCAAUGUCCAUAUUGCAACUUCAGCAGUAAAGACGCCAACCGUAUGCAGCUCCAUGUGAUGUCCCAGCAUUCCAUGCAGCCAGUAAUCCGCUGCCCACUAUGUCAGGAUGUCCUCAGCAACAAGAUUCACCUACAGCUGCAUCUCACCCACCUUCACAGUGUGGCACCUGACUGCGUAGAAAAGCUCAUUAUGACGGUUGUUGGACCUGAUACAACAGUGUCAAAUAGCACUCUUCAUCCCCAAUCUGGACAAGAAAAAGGACUGCCUUCAAUAGAAUCACCAGCCUCGAUUGAUGAAUCUAAAAGAUCACAAGGAAACUCUUCUAAAGAAGAAUUGACAAGUCAAGACAAGAAUGAAUUAGACCUCCAAGGUGAAGAAAUGAAACCCCCCAAGGAGGCGUCAGAAGCUCCAGACUGGAGGAGAGCAAGCGGGUUAGGGCAUGACAGCAAGUCCCCAGAUGUCCUUCAGGAUCAUCUCAGUGAACUCCAAAGGCUCCAACAGCAGCAGCAGCAACUCUCAGUGUCUGAUCGCCACGUCUACAAAUACCGUUGCAAUCACUGCAGCCUUGCCUUCAAGACAAUGCAGAAGCUGCAGAUACAUUCCCAGUACCAUGCCAUCAGAGCAGCCACUAUGUGCAGCCUUUGCCAACGGAGCUUCAGGACAUUCCUGGCCCUCAGAAAGCAUUUGGAAAAUGGACAUCCUGAACUUACUGAGGCUGAAGUACAGCAAUUAAUUGGAAAUCUCCCUCUAAAUGGUGACAUCACUGAAAGUGAAGUCAGGGCUUUGGAGGAAGCUCAGGCAUUUGAGCAUGACUUGGACAAGGAUGAUGAAAUGGAUCAUGAAGAUAAGCCCAGUCCUACUGGGAGUGACAGCAGCUCUCUAAUCGAUGACAUGGGAGCAGAACCAAAACGAACCCUACCGUUUAGAAAAGGGCCAAAUUUUACGAUGGAGAAGUUUUUAGAUCCUUCUCGACCUUACAAGUGCACAGUAUGUAAGGAGUCUUUUACUCAGAAGAAUAUUUUACUAGUCCACUAUAAUUCUGUUUCCCACCUGCACAAGUUAAAGAAAGUCCUUCAAGAGGCAUCAAGCCCAAUUCCCCAAGAAACAGGCAACAACAUUGACAACAAACCAUACAAAUGUAAUAUUUGCAAUGUUGCCUAUAGCCAAAGUUCAACCCUUGAGAUUCACAUGAGGUCAGUACUACACCAGACUAAAGCUCGAACGGCCAAAUCUGAAAUGAGCAAAGACAGUAUUGGCACUAGUGGUCCAGUGCCAGCAAAAAGUCCUGCUCCAAGCACACAAGGAAACAGCAGCAACACAGACCCUGCUCGAAGUGGAACACCAUCAGCGAGUAAAGAAAACACUGUUGAACCCAAAGACGCUACUAGCAACAACAACACAAAACAAACUACUGAAAAUGUUUCAGCGCAGUCAAGCAGCCACCAGUCAGCCCAGUCCUCUGCGCAACUGCAAAUGCAGCUCCAACAUGAACUCCAGCAGCAAGCUGCCUUCUUCCAGCCUCAGUUUCUUAACCCGGCUUUCUUCCCUCAUUUCCCAAUGACCCCGGAAGCGUUGCUGCAAUUUCAACAGCCGCAAUUCUUAUUCCCCUUCUACAUCCCGGGAGCAGAAUUCAACCUGAGCCCAGAGCUUGCUCUGCAUUCGGCAGCAGCUUUUGGAAUGCCAGGUCUCACAGGAUCCUUCUUGGAAGAUUUAAAGCAGCAGAUGCAACAGCAGCACCAACUGCAACAGGCUCAACAACAACAACAACAGCAGCAGCAGCAACAACAGCAAGUCUCUCAAACACAGUCACAGAUUCAGCAGCAGAAGAACCAGCAAAUGUUAAACCAAAAACCUAAAAUGGAGCCAAGCAAUGCAUCAGUUUCAGAUAAUCAAAUGUCAAAAGAGGCUGAAGACCACAUUGAAAAACAAGACGGCAAAGCAAAGUUGGAAAAUGGAUGUGAAGCUGUUAUGGAUGGGCCAAAAGAUAACAAAGACACUAAAAAGUCCAAAUUCUCUGAGCCGCUGAUUCCGCCUCCUCGUAUUGUGUCAGGAGCUAGGGGUAAUGCAGCCAAAGCAUUGUUGGAGAAUUUUGGAUUUGAACUCGUCAUCCAAUACAAUGAAAAUAGACAAAAGAACCAAAAGAAAACUAAAGAUGGAGGUGAACAAAUGCAUAUAACCCCUGAUAAGCUUGAGUGCGGAAUGUGCGGAAAGCUGUUCUCCAAUAUGCUCAUACUCAAAAGCCACCAAGAACAUGUACACAGUCAGUUUUUCCCAUAUGUUGAGCUUGAAAAGUUUGCCCAACAGUACAGAGAGGCCUACGACAAACUCUACCCAAUUAAUCCAGCUUCACCGGAGACGCCACCACCACCGCCGCCUCCUCCUCCACCUCCUCCGCCUCCUCCUGCUACUGCUCUGGUGACAACACCUCAACCAACUUCAACAUCACUGCCCAAGCCCCUAACACCGGCACCGUCUCCAGUCCCAGUCCCCCAUCAGACCUCACACCAGACAACUCACCAGGCACCGACACUACAGCCACCGCAUCCUCCCCCAACACCGACUGCUUCCUCCGCACCUCCCCAAGUGCAGCUUCCCGUUCCACUGGACUUGCCGCUUUUCCCACCUCUUAUGAUGCAGUCCGUCCAGCACCCGGGAUUGCCCCCUCAAUUGGCCCUCCAGCUGCCGACUAUGGAUUCUCUCUCCACAGACCUUACACAACUCUGCCAGCAACAACUGGGGCUCGAUCCAAACUUCCUUCGACAGUCCCAGUUUAAGCGACCUCGAACUCGUAUAACUGACGACCAGCUUAAAAUCCUCCGUGCCAACUUUGACAUCAACAAUUCUCCUAAUGAAGAGCAAAUUCAAGAGAUGUCAGAAAAGUCGGGUUUGCCUCAAAAGGUCAUUAAACACUGGUUCCGUAACACUCUUUUCAAAGAGAGGCAGCGGAGCAAAGACUCCCCCUACAAUUUUAAUAUUCCUCCCAUUACUACUUUGGAUGACAUUCGAAUAGAGACCCAGUUAAGCACACAUGAAUAUUACCGGACUGACUCAGCCAUCAACAAAAGAUCUUCCAGAACCAGAUUCACAGAUUACCAAUUGAGGGUUCUUCAAGAUUUCUUUGAUACCAAUGCCUAUCCCAAGGACGAUGAAAUUGAGCAGCUUUCCACAGUCCUUAAUCUACCUACUCGUGUGAUUGUGGUGUGGUUCCAAAACGCUCGCCAGAAAGCCCGCAAGAGCUAUGAAAAUCAAGCCGAUUCUAAAGACAGUGAGAAAAAAGAGCUGACAAAUGAACGAUACAUCAGAACUAGCAAUAUGCAGUACCAGUGUAAAAAGUGCAGCAUUGUUUUCCCACGUAUCUUUGACCUCAUCACUCACCAGAAGAAGUUGUGUUACAAGGAUGAAGAUGAGGAAGGUAGUGAGGAAAACCAAUGCGAAGAAUACACAGAUGAGCAACUUCCGAUUAAAGUUGUCCAGCAAUCUUUAGAGCCACCCCAAAAUUCCCAGGGAAAUGCUACCAGCUCUGGCUCAAGCUCCCCUGUAAUGGCCUCGCCUCGUGCCAGCAUAGAAAAAGCCUCUCCUAAGCCAGACUUUGAACUUCGUUCUGAAAGCGAACCAAAACAAAAUGAGACUGCACCUUCACCAGUGGUUAAAUCUCUACCGGAGCCAAGACCAUCUAAAGCUUGCACACCUCAACCACCCCCUCAAAAAGCAGCCCAGCCACCAAUGUCAAGACCCCAUUCCCAGCCACAGGCAGCCACAGUGCCCUCUAGUCCUCUUUCCUUGGCACUUUCCUCCCUCACAAACAGCCUGCCCCACCAAAUGCUUCAAUACCAGUGUGACCAGUGUAAGAUUGCAUUCCCUACAGUGGAGCUUUGGCAGGAACAUCAACACAUGCAUUUCCUAGCAGCUCAGAACCAAUUUCUACACUCGCAGUUCCUUGAGCGACCCAUUGAUAUGCCUUAUAUGAUAUUUGACCCAAACAACCCCUUAAUGGCUAGCCAGCUAUUAUCUGGAAGCCUCUCCCAAAUCUCUUCCCAAGGUAGUUCCGGUUUGACCUCUGCUGCUGGAUCAGGGCCAAUGAAGAGAAAAUUGGAUGAUAAGGAUGAAAGUGGCAAUGAUAAAGAUGGUGGGAACAGCAGUGAGGAACAACACAGAGAUAAGCGCCUGAGAACCACCAUAACACCUGAACAACUUGAGGUCCUUUAUGAUAAAUACCUGAUUGAUUCCAAUCCGACAAGAAAAAUGUUGGAUCACAUUGCAAGAGAGGUCGGCUUAAAAAAGAGAGUGGUACAAGUUUGGUUCCAAAACACUCGUGCUCGGGAGAGAAAGGGACAGUUCCGAGCAAUUGGACCCUCCCAGUCCCACAAAAAAUGCCCCUUUUGCAGGGCUCUGUUCAAAGCUAAGUCGGCUCUAGACAGUCACAUACGAUCGAGACACUGGCAUGAGGCAAAGCAGGCAGGAUUUAGUUUGCCACCGAGCCCAAUGAUGAAUCAAGACAACGACAGAGAUGAUAGCCCAAAGUAUAAUUUCUUUGACUUUUCACAGCUGCCUACCAAGACUGAGCCAAAUGACUACGAGUUGCCUACCGCAUCAUCCACUCCAGUAAAACCAUCUGAAAUGCAACUAAAAAACUUCUUAAGCCCUUCAUCAUUAAAAGCUGAAAACUGUGAUGAAACUGAUGGGCCUAAUGUUAACUCAGCAGAUCUAUCAUCUUAUGAUCUUAGCAAGGUAGACUUUGAUGAGACAUCAUCAAUUAAUACAGCCAUUAGUGAUGCUACAACUGGAGACGAGGGCAAUAACAAUGAGGUUGAAAGCUUCACGGCUAACGGAGGAGACAAGCUGACUGAAAACAAAGGUGGCAUGGUUUCAAAUUCCGAUGGUGCCAAUGACCGAUUCCAGUUCAGCAUGGUGAGCCCUGCCCUCAGUUUCUCUGGAAAAGACUGUGACAAUUACUAUAGCUCCCGUGAAGACGACCUGGAUGAGACCAAUGACAGAAGUGAAUCGUCAAGCCUCGCCGAUCCCAGUUCUCCAAGUCCAUUCGGGUCUGGCAACCCCUUCAAGUCUGGUAAAGGCACCAAUGCAGGGGAUAGACCAGGUCACAAACGAUUUAGAACACAGAUGAGUAACCUGCAACUCAAAGUCCUCAAAGCCUGUUUCAGUGAUUACCGCACUCCUACAAUGCAAGAGUGCGAGAUGCUGGGCAAUGAGAUUGGACUUCCCAAGCGUGUCGUCCAAGUAUGGUUCCAGAAUGCCAGAGCUAAAGAAAAGAAAUUCAAGAUAAAUAUUGGAAAGCCAUUCAUGAUAAGUCAAGGCUCGCCAGAUGGACCGAGACCAGAGUGUACUUUGUGCGGCAUAAAGUACACUCCACGGAUGUCUAUCCGAGACCACAUUUUCUCCAAACAGCACAUCACCAAAGUGCAAGAAACCCUGGGAAACCAGGUUGAUAGGGAAAAGGACUACCUAGCACCAACCACUGUCCGACAGCUGAUGGCCCAGCAAGAACUUGAUCGCAUGAAGAAAGCUGGUGAGGGACUCGGUCUGCCUGGCCAGCAGCAACAGACAGCAAUGGACAACAGUAAUGCACUUCAUGGCCUUAGCCUGCCCUCAGGCUACCCAGGGAUCUCUGGCCUUCCGCCAGUUCUACUUCCUGGAGUCAACGGGCCGUCAUCACUUCCUGUUUUCCCACCCAACACACCCGCUUUAGCAUCUCCUGGUGCUGGCAUGCUCGGGUUCCCUACACCAGCCACCCCAUCUCCUGCCAUGUCUCUCAGCACUACCCCAACCAAGAGUAUUCUGCAGACUCCUCCUCCUCCUCCUCCACCACCUCCUCCUCCUCCUGUUCCCUCCACACCUUUGGCAGCAGUAAAUAAUACAGAGCAGCAAGGUAAAGACUCAGAGAGAGACAACAGCAAAGCAACGGGAGACAAACCGCCACAGAUGAAGACGAAGGGCAGCGAGAAAGAUAGCGCUUCACAGUCUGAGAACACCGGUAUGGCCAAGAAGAGGGAGAAACUCGCAGGGAAACCAGGAAGUGAGCCUCCGCUAGACACGGCGAAACUGCAGGCCCUUCAGAACGCUCUGGCCGCAGGUGAUCCCAGCUCUUUCUUAGGAGGCCAGUUCCUGCCCUACUUCCUUCCUGGAUUCCCUAACUGCUUCUCACCCCAGCUUCACAGAGGUGUCCAAGCAGGGGGCUAUUUCCCACCGCUUUGCGGGAUGGAGAACCUGUUCCCAUACGGCCCGGCAGCAGUCCCACAAGCCGCUAUGGCCGCUGGUCUCUCCCCAACCGCUCUUCUGCAGCAGUAUCAACAGUACCAACAGUCCCUCCAAGAUUCUCUGCAGAAACAACAACAGCAGAAACAACUGGAGCAACAGCAGAAGCAGCAGCAGCAGAAACCAACCCCUGUCAAGACACCCCAGAGCACGAAGGGCAAUGCAACCAACUCUUUCAAACCAAAAGAAGCUAAUCACCCUAAGGACGAUAUCAACACAGGCUCUUCAACCGAAAGCACAAAAGAAGAACCGAAAACAGAAACCAAAAGUACGAAAGAUUUUCCAGACGCUUUUAUCGUACCGUCCGUCAAGCAUGAGUUUAUAUGCAGGAAGUGCCAGUUGAUUUUCCCGGACGAAGACUCCGUGGUACGUCAUCAGAAAUCCCUCUGUUACUUCGGACACACUUUUAGCGACCCGCAAGAGAUGGUGCUUCGAAAGGCAGUGAGCAACUACACGUGCGUCGCCUGCAACGUGGUCGUCAAUGGGAACGAAGCACUUGGCCAACACCUUCAGUCGAGCUUGCACAAAGAGAAAACAAUCAAACAAGCAAUGAGAAAUGCCAAAGAGCAUACUAGAUUAUUACCUCAUUCUGUCUGCUCCCCUACUCCUAACACCACAUCUACCUCGCAGUCUGCAGCUUCUUCUAACAACACCUUUCCUCAUCUGUCUCACUUGUCCAUGAAGUCCUGGCCUAACGUCCUGUUCCAGGCCACCACCACCACAGUCCAGAAAGCUGCUUCCUCCUCCUCCCCUUCAACCUCUCCUCCCCCUCCCCUGUCCUCGCCGUCAACGGUUACCUCAACUUCCUGCAGCACCUCAGGGGUUCCAACUUCACUACCCACCGAGAGUUGUUCAGACGAGUCUGACAAUGAGCUAAGCCAAAAGCUGGACGACUUAGAUAACGCGUUGGAAGUCAAGGCGAAGCCAGCCUCUGGCCUAGACGCGAGCUUCAGUAGUAUCAGAAUGGAUAUGUUCAGUGUGUAGGAGUGACAAAAGGAUCCCUUGCGUGAAGAAAAAAAAAAAGACUUUUAAAACUGCAGUUCCAAAGUUUCUCUUAACCCAAAAAAAAUUCAGUACCAAAUGAUUGACUCAGGAUUGUUUUUCCCAUAUUGAUAUGCUGGCAAGAUAUUGAUAGAUUUGUUCGUUUUUUUGGUUCGUUUUUUUUCUUUUUUGUUAUGGACAGAACUGUUGCAGAUGCUUGACUGAGCUUAUAUUGUAUACAAAAAACACGGAGUAGGGAAAAAUUCACAGGCUCCCUCAUUUGAGGGGGGGCUUGUUUCAAGCCAAAAACUCUCAUGAUAGCAAAUUGCACCUCAGCUGGAUUGUUUUCCAAAAUGCUAGCAUGUACUGUAUGGGAUGACGAUCCAGAAACCCUCAAAGAGAAUCUCUCUUAGUUUUUAGAUAGGUGUAAUUCAGUAGCUUUAAAUUCUCAGGUCAGAUAACAUAACAUUUCUCAUUUGUUAAACUGCAAGCCUGGGUACACUUGGCUUAUAACCAAAACAUGUCGAGCUUUAUCGGACGCAUUUCCUUGGUGUGUAUAGAGUACCAAGAGACAAUAUAACUGUUACAAUGGACGAUGUGCAUAUUAUUUGAGUUGUGCCCUAAAAGACGGUGUGGUUUUGCCAUUGAGGGAAUUGAGAACGGUUCGAAGAAACAUACUACGACCCCGCGUUUGCCAGUUUUUAAUACGACAAGUUGUAACUAUUUAAUUGCCCCGCCCCUUUUUUUGUUCUUGUACUCUAUACUAAUCUGUGCCAACCUUCUCACUUGUACCUCUGCUCACACCCUUUUCUCAAGAGGUAAUAAUUCUAGUUUUGAUAGACUUUCUGAUCAUGUGAAUAGAACACUUUCUUUGGUGAAUUGCUAUACUGUUACGGUACCUGCUUGUGUCUGGACUAUAGUGCACUUAUUUUGUUUUGUUUUUUUCAUAUACAUAGGCCAUUUGUUAAUUUAAUAGAUUUUUUUUGGGUUUGUAUGUUUGUAUGUAUGGAUUUUAAUUAUUAUUUCUGUCAAUUGCAGCAACAUACUGGUCCAUAUGUGUUACGUGAUUGAUGCCUAGCAAUCUAUUUAACAAUUGGUGCAUCCAUGAAAGCAGUACUACGGAGACCCUAAAGGGACAUCAACAGAAAUUAAAUGAAUUUAAAGCAUCUGGUGCGCACCAGAUAGUAUGUGGUGCGCACUAGAAACUAUCUGGUGCGCACGAGAAACAGUCACACUAGAAACUAUCUGGUGUGCACUAGAAAAGUAUCUGAUGCGCACCAGAAAGUUCCCUUUUAUACACCAGAAACUGCAGGUGCGCAUCAGACACCAGCAGUUUUUGCGUGCUAAAAAUGUUAAUACAGGAUUUAAUUGAGUUUUACUAAAAUCUUUGACUCAACUAUAAAGAUAUUACUGCAUUACUUGCACAUCGUCACCAUUAAAUUGUCUCGGAACUAUCUGGUGCGCACCAGAUUGUCUCUGGUGCACACUAGUUUCUAGUGCACACUGCAUACUAUCUGGUGCGUACCAGCUAGUUUCUAGUGUGCAUCACAUACUAUCUGGUGCACAUCAGAUAGUUUCUAGCUCGCACAACAUGCUAUCUGGUGCACACCAGAAAGAAUCUGGUGUGCACCAGUUUUUAGUGCGCACCACAUACUAUCUGGUGUGCACCAUACUGUUUCUGAUGAGCACCAGAUAGUUUCUAGUGUGCACCACAUACUAUCUGGUGCGCACCAGAUAGUUUCUAGUGCACACCACCUACUAUGUAGUGCGCACCACAUACUAUCUGGUGCGAGAAAGAUUGUUUCUCGUGAGCACCAGAUAGUUUCUAGUGUGCACCAGAUGGUAUGUUUUGCGCACCAGAAAACAAUAUGGUGAGCAUCACAUAGUAUGUGGUGUGCACUAGUAACUAUCUGGUGUGCACCAGAAACAAUCUGGUGAGAUAGUUUCUAGUGCGCACCACAUACUACCCGGUGGGCACCAGAUAGUUUCUCGUGGACACGGACACCACAUACUAUCUGGUGCGCAUAAGAUUGUUUCUCGUGAGCGCCAGAUAGUUUCUAGUGUGCACCAGAUAGUAUGUGACACGCACUAAAAACUGUUGCGCACCAGAAACAAUAUGGUGAGCAUCACAUAGUAUAGUAUGUGGUGGACACUAGAGACCAUCUGGUGCGCACCGCGUAGUAUGUGGUGCGCAUUAGACACUAUCUGGUGCGUACCAGAAACAUUAUGGUGCGCACCAAAUAUUAUGUGGAACGGACUAGAAACUAUCUGGUGCAUCCCAGAUAGUAUGUGGUGUGCACUAAAAACUAUAUGUUCCGUAUCCGAUAGCAUGUGGUGUGCACUAGAAACUAUCUGGUGCGCACGAGAAACUAUCUGGUGCGCACCAUACUGUUUCUCAUGAGCACCAGAUAGUUUCUAGUGCGCACUACAUAGUAUCCGGUGCACACUAGAUAGUUUGUAGUGCACACCACAUACUUUCUGGUGCGCAAAAGAUUGUUUCUCGUGAGCACCACAUACUUUCUGGUGCGCACCACCUACUAUCUGGUGCAAAAACAAUAUAGUGAGCAUCACAUAGUAUGUAGUGCGCACUCGUAACUAUCUGGUGCGCACCAGAAACAAUCUGGAGUGCACCAUAUAGUAUGUUGUGCAAACUAGAAACUAUCUGGUGUGCACCAGAAACAGUCUGGUGCACACCAGAUAGUAUGUGGUGUACACUAGAAACUCUGGUUUCGUACCAGAUGAUAGUUGGUGCGCACGAGAAACUAUUUGGUGCGCAUGAGAAACAAUCUGGCGCGCACUAGAUGGUAUGUGGUGCACACAAGAAACUAUCUAGCUGGUACAUACAAUUAACUAUCUAACUGGUGCGCACCAGAUUGUUUCUCGUGAGCACCAUUUAGUUUCUAGUGUGCACCACAUACUAUCUGGGACACAUCAGGUAGUUUCUAGUGUGGCACCACAUACUAUCUGGGACGCACCAGAUAGUUUCUCAUUAGCACCAGAUAGUGUCUACUGCGCACCACAUGCUAUCUCAGAUGCACCAGAUAGUUUCUAGUGCGUUCCACAUACUAUUAGGUGCGCACCAGUUAGUUUCUAGUGUGCACCACAUACUAUUUGGGAGGCACCAGAUAGUUUCUAGUGCGUUCCACAUACUAUUCGGUGCGUACCGAUUGUUUAUGGUGCGCACCACAUACUAUUUUCUGAUUCUUGUGAGCACCAGAUGGUUUAAAUUUAUUUUAUUCCUGUCAAUGUCCCUUUAAGGGCUCCAUACAGUACUGUAUACUUGAAACUGUUAAGGUACAGGUUGGACACAAUGUUUGAAAAAGAAAAAAAAAACAAAAGGUAUGAUCAUUUCUUUGCAAAUACGCUGCUUUUAAAGAAAAAAAAAUCAUUUCAUGUACGUACUCGUACAUCUGACAACAGUGUUACACCUAUGUACGGCUUUUGAGUACAUAGGUGGACGUCCUCCCAUUAAUUCUCCGGGCACUUGUGAUCAUCUUCAUUUCAUGAAAUAAUUUCAACAUUGCAAAGUAUUACCUUACAAAAGUUUUGCUGCUACUGUGUAAUUAUAUUUUGCUCGCCAUUAUUUCUCUCAAAACUUCUACCAGACAAAAUACUGAUAAAUUAAUUUGCUUCUGCUAUUUUUUUAUGUUGUAUUCUUUAAUUUUGCUGUGGAACUAAGAAUGUGAAAACUGUCAAAAGGUGUUCAGUUUGUUUAUUUUUUUUUUGUUUGUUUUUUAGAAUCACUUUCUAGUUCGGUCAUUGAAACUAACGUGGUUCAUUCCAAAGUAACAGAAGGCUAUUUGUAUGAAAGGAAAGGCUUGUGAACAAAAAGAGCAAAGCUGUUGUACAUAUUCAUAGUUGGCUGUGCAUGGUACAAAUUUAUUAAUAUGAAGAAAUGCAAAAUUGUAUUGCUUUUUUGGUAUUUCCUAUUCUGAGAUGAGCAAGUAGCAUGUAAUGCAACUGUUUGACAGGUUAAAUCAAAUCAUGCUUAGUUAUUGUUUCAAACAAUUAAAUCAAGUAACAUUUCCUUUUGUUCGAGUAUUGUAAAGGUGUUCCUUCCCAAAGUUUUGAAGCAAAAUGUCCGUUUUUGAUUUUCUCUGUGAGCUUUUUGUCCUUAUUUGGAUUUUUAUUGUUAUUAUUUUUUUUAUCAAUUACGUUAAUCCUGAAGACACUUUUCGAUUGUGUUUCCUAAGAGACAUUCUGGCCUCCCAAGGUGCAAUUCUGCCAUUGUACAAACAUGAGCGACUGUCCUGAUUCCAAAGGCUUUCACCACUUGGCUUUUUUGCCUUUCCCCCACUCGGUGGCUCAGCAUUUUAAGACUGAACUUGUUGCUUGCUAGCAUCGCGUGCUAAGAUGCUAGCAUCACAGACAGGACGCUUUCCACAACACGGACUGGUUACAGCUAACAAACCAACAAAACGGAUGGUCCAACAGCAACUGUACAUAGUUAUUGCAACUGCACAGCAGCCAAAAAUAAAACAAAACAAAACAAAAAAAAGAACUUUAAAAAAAAAACAAAAAUGAAAAAAAAAAAAAUGGACGGAUUGUGUCAUGUUUAUGAGGACAGCCUUCAAAAGGUUGAAAAUUGGAAUUGCUCUUCUGGAUGUCAAAGGGAUUUUCAUGGCGCAAUCAUAUCCUACUCAAUAUGUACUCUUCAACAUCUGGGUAACAUAGGAAAUGCACCCUGAGGUUUUAUUAAGAAGAAGCCCCUACGGCUAAAACUUUAAAUAAACUAAACCAAAAAUGUUAUUGAUGUUUUAUAUAUAGAGAGUAGUCACAUUAGUUUUUGUUACUGUACUGUUUGAGGUCUCAACUGUACCGUAUCACGGUAAUAACAUGGUUUUGGAAACUUUUUUUUGUUUGUUUUUUUUUUUAUUUGUCACAGACCUGUUGUCAUAGUUGAAAUGACGUUUAUUGUAGAUGGUAUUUGAACAAUUUCUGGAAAUAGUUCAUCAAGUAUGUUUGUUGCUCAUUGUUGUGAUACAUUAAAAACUGUAUCUGCCAACCACUUUUGUCUCUCAGGUUAUUAUUUCUAUAUUUUUGGUUGCAUUUAUUUUAAAUGGACAUGUAUUAUGGCAGAAAACACUGACAAGACUGACUAAACAGUUUCUACUCUUGCACUCUUUAAAAGAAACUGCGGUAUUUUAAGCCAAAACAGCUGUUGUGUUGGACAUAACAAUAUGUUUGUAUGCUGCCAUAGCAGAUUCAUGGCGCAUUAAGCCCCCAAACUGUUUUUAAUUUGUCCGUUUUACCCUGGAAACCCCCAUUUACAAACAUCGCGCAAUUGCUUUUGUUUCAACACAGCCAUAAAAUGAAAGUAAUUAGACUAGCGCUGUCAAACGAUUAAAAAUUUUAAUCGAGUUAAUUACAGCUUAAAAAUUAAUUAAUCGUAAUUAAUCGCAAUUCAAACCAUCUAUAAAAUAUGCCAUAUUUUUCUGUAAAUUAUUGUUGGAAUGGAAAGAUAAGACACAAGACGGAUAUAUACGUUCAACAUGCUGUACAUAAGUACUGUAUUUGUUUAUUAUAACAAUAAAUCAACAAGAUGGCAUUAACAUUAUUAACAUUCUGUUAAAGCGAUUCAUGGAAAGAAAGACUUGUUCUUAAAAGAUAAAUGUUAGUACAAGUUAAAAAAAUGUAAUAUUAAAACCCCUCUUAAUGUUUUCGUUUUAAUAAAAUUUGUAAAAUUUUCAAUCAAAAAUUAAACUAGUAGCCCGCCAUUGUUGAUGUCAAU